UCUCUCCGUUUAUAUAAACCCUCAACGGUUGCCGCUAAAACCCACAUUCCCUGAUUGUUUCUUUCUUGUUGUUCUCUGCUUCUGUUUCUUUCUACAAAUUCAUCAAUGGAGAAAUUUCCAAAUCCCGAGACUCCCAAGUCACACGUUGAAGAACCCAAUAGUUUCAAUUUUGAUCAACUUAGGAAAAAUCUUGAGCAACUACGCAUCUCGAACAGCAAAUCUUUCGACUUUAUUAAUAAUGGGUCUUCAAUAGCAACACAGUUACCGAAGGUUGGUAACAGUUUCCCUGGUUUUGGUUGUUCGCCGAGAAAAGACAUGGUGGAGGAGAAUAAAAGGCGACCUUCACCGAUAUUUCCACAGAGAGCGUGGACGUUUAAUGAUUAUAUGAACCGCAAUAGAGAUUUUGCUGGAAAUAAUCAUAAGAGUACUUCAAACCCUAAUGGUGUUGGACUUAUUGAUCGUAUGCCAAUCGCCAUGGAUGAAAGAGAUCCACCCAUGGAAGCUUAUACGGUUAACAAACUUAUUGACUCGGCUGAGAUGUUAAUGACUGACAAAGACUGGCAUAAAGUCUUUUUGAAGCUAGUAAAAUCAUGCGAUCAAGAUCAAUUGAGACUAAUCACAUACAAGAUGACUGCAAAUCAGGAAUGGUUUCUCAAUGCAUCGCAACACAGAUAUGGGUCAACUUCAAUCAUGAAUCUCAUCAAAGUGAUAGCGAGGACGCCAUUAAUCGAUCCUAUAGUUCUUGUUCUUUCCAAUGGAUUUUCGUCUCUAAUGACCAAUCAAACAGGAUCUAAUGUUAUAUGCAAGUGUUUAGAGACCCUCAGCACUCGGCAGAAUCAGUUACUAUACGAAGCAGCCUUAAAGAACUGUCUCCAACUAGCGAAGCAUGAGAAUGGAUGCAAAAGCUUACAAACGUUCAUUGUUAACUCCAAGUAUCCCUAUAAAGAUCUGCUCCUAAAUAUGGUCGUUGAACAUUCAGCGUGUCUCUCGCAGGAUCGUUCAGGGAACUAUGUUGUUCAGCACGUCCUCGGUUACCACGAUCCUGUCUUUUCUAACAUGAUAUUUAAGACACUUAAAGGUCACUAUGUAAGACUCUCAAAGCAAAAAGGUGGCAGUUAUGUGGUGGAGAAGUGUUUGAAGUCCGGAGCCAUGGAGCUUGUAGUUGAGGAUUUUAUUCUUGAGAAUAACAAAAGUUUUUCACAACUUGCCAAAGAUCCAUAUGGGAACUAUGUGAUCCAAAUAGCUCUGGAAGUCACAGUGGCCGCGGACAGUAAACUUUAUGUAGACCUUGUAAAGAAAAUCGCAGCAUGUCUUGAGUUGGGGAAAUCGGGAUUUGCACAAAAUAUUGUCCAGUUAAUUCGAGAUCAGUCUCGAAGCUUGUUUCGAUAAGGAAAGAAUCAAUCUGUUGUGUCACUGUGUGGUUUAGUAUGUUUUAAGUCCUUAAUUUGUCAUUGUGGUUUUCUCAAGUGUAAUGAGUAGUAUACAGUACAAAAUAUAUUUUUCUCAGUUUUUGUAAGUUGUUUUUGUUUCAUCUUUCUUCCCUGAUGAAACAGAGUUGGUUAUUUGUGAAGCAGCUGAAUUCAUG